AUGGCCACUGUAGCAAACAAGAGCACCGGCAAUGGACUAAUGCCAGCCAAGUCAUGGAACCAUUUCGUUGCUGGCGGCCUCGGUGGUAUGUGCGGUGCGAUCGUCACUGCUCCGCUCGAUGUUGUCAAGACUCGAUUGCAGUCUUCGCUCUACCAAGAUGUCCAUCGAACUCAACUGGGAAAAGGCGGCGCUGUAAUCGGCCGAGCUAGGAACUUGCUGUGGAAUUUCGUAGAGACAGGUCACAUCCUCAGGGACAUAUACAAGUACGAGGGUGUGCCCGCUCUCUUCAAGGGCCUCGGGCCAACCUUAGUCGGCGUAAUUCCCGCACGAAGUAUCAAUUUUUUCACCUAUGGUAAUGGAAAACAAAUCAUUGCACGCGAAUUCAAUCACGGACAAGAGAAUACGGUCGUUCACCUCUCAGCUGCUGCAUUAGCAGGGGUCGUAACUUCCGUAUGCACAAAUCCUAUUUGGGUGGUCAAGACUCGCCUCCAACUCGCUGCUGAAAUACGCAUAGCAGAACCUGCAUUUUACUUGGCUACUUCAGGUGCCCCAGCUUCUGCAGCGGCACCAGCACCAAGGAUAGCGGGUGCAUUCCAUACUACUAUGGGCAUCAUACAACAUGAAGGAGUCCGAGGCCUAUACAAAGGUCUUAGUGCUUCAUUACUCGGUGUGACCGAAGGAACCAUCCAAUGGGUCUUGUACGAACGUUUCAAGCGUAUUGCUCAGCGAGCCGGAAAGGACCAUGGGCAGAGUGCCGAGUGGGCCGGUAUGUUGGCUGCUGCUGGGGGCGCCAAGAUGACAGCUAGUUUGAUCACCUAUCCACACGAGGUAUUGAGGACCAGGUUAAGGCAACCGCUCGAUCCUGUGACAGGAAAGCAAAAAUACACCGGAUUAUGGCAAACUUUGAAGCUUGUAUUGGCUGAAGAAGGUGCCAGGCGGUUAUAUGGGGGACUGAGCGCUCAUCUACUCAGAGUGGUGCCUAACGCUGCAGUCAUGUAUAGCAUUUAUGAAGGGCUCCUCCGAUGGAGUGAGAAAUCUCGACACUAG